CCGCCAGGGCCGGGAAAGUUUCUGUGGAGGUCCGGCCCGGAGCGGCCAUGUCCCACGGCCCCAAGCAGCCCGGCGCGGCCGCCGCGCCGGCGGGCGGCAGGGCUCCGGGCCCACACGGGGGCUUCGUGGUCGCCGUCAAGCAGGAGCGCACCGAGGGCCCGCGGGCCGGCGAGAAGGGGUCCCAGGAGGAGGAGCCGGUCAAGAAGCGCGGCUGGCCCAAGGGCAAGAAGCGGAAGAAGGUCCUGCCGAACGGGCCGAAGGCGCCGGUCACCGGCUACGUGCGCUUCCUGAACGAGCGGCGGGAGCAGAUCCGCACGCGCCACCCCGACCUGCCGUUCCCCGAGAUCACCAAGAUGCUGGGCGCCGAGUGGAGCAAGCUGCAGCCGGCGGAGAAGCAGCGGUACCUGGACGAGGCUGAGCGCGAGAAGCAGCAGUACAUGCGGGAGCUGCGGGCCUACCAGCAGUCCGAGGCCUACCAGAUGUGCGCCCAGAAAAUCCAAGAGAAGAAAGCCAAGAGAGAGGACUCGGGCUCCGGGCUCCUGAACACCGUGUUGAACGGGUACAAGGCCGGGGACUGCGACGGCCUGGCCGCCUUCGACGUCCCCAUCUUCACUGAGGAGUUUCUGGACCAAAACAAAGCGCGGGAGGCGGAGCUGCGACGCCUGCGGCAGGUGAACGUGGCCUUCGCGGAGCAGAACGCGGCCCUGCAGCGCCACACGCGCACCAUGAGCAGCGCGCGCGAGCGCCUGGAGCAGGAGCUGGCGCUGGAGGAGCGGCGGACACUGGCGCUACAGCAGCAGCUGCAGGCCGUGCGCCAGGCACUAACCGCCAGCUUCGCCUCGCUGCCCGUGCCGGGCACGGGCGAGACGCCCACGCUGGGCACGCUGGACCUGUACAUGGCGCGGCUGCACGGCGCCAUCGAGCGAGACCCCGCGCGGCACGAGAAGCUGAUCGCCCGCAUCAAGGAGAUCCUGGCCCAGGUCGCCAGUGAGCACCUGUGAGGCCUGGGCCCCACCCCUGCUGAGGCUGGGGUCCACCCUCUGGGGCCAGGCCCCGUCCUGCACCUUGGGGGCUACAGCCCCCCUGAAGUUAACCCCUCCGACGCUCCUCAGCUUCCGGCCUGCACAGCCCUCUAGCGCCCUGGGCAGGUCACAGCUGGGGGGGGGGGAGUGGCAGCUGCCUGCCCAGGCGGGGAGGGGCUCGCUCCGGUGAAGCACCCUCCCACCCCCCCACCCCGCAAGCUGCACGCCUCGCACCACCGGGCAGGGCGGCUCCACGGCGGCGGCUCUGGGGGCCCGGGGGCCCUGCACCCCGGGGUGGGGGCCGCCCACUGCUUUAUCUGGACUGGUUCAAUAAAAACAGCGCUGUUUC